CCCUUCUCGUCAGUCCUCCGAGGCUGCGUCGCGCUGACAUCCGUCUGUCCUGCCUUUUUUUUUUCCUUUUCCCUUCUUCAGCAAACCCCCCUCCCCUCUCCUCCUCCUCCUCCUCCAAGAUGGUGGUGCUGCGUUCUGGUUGAUCCAAGAGGAAAAGGCGGAGGCGCAGCGCGGCCCUUACUCAGCCGCCACCAUCUCGACAGCCACGCGCACGCCUAGAGCGCCGACGGUCUUCCCCAUUCCCAGGCCUCGCCUGGCCCGGCCUAGCUCCGUCCCCGCCUUCGCCUUCGGCGGCUCCCCGCGCGCUUCACGUCCUUUGCCAUUGGCCGCACGGCCUAGCCUAGGCGUCGGCUUGAAGGAGCAACCAUCCGCCUGCCCAGCGUCCGGAGCUGACCGGUCUCGCCAGAGCCUGCCGGCUUACAGCGGAAAAAACGACAGGUCUGCAACCCACCAAAGGCUAUUUGGCAACUGUGCAAGAACAUUCUGCUAAAGUGGUAGAAAAACAUGCAAUGGAUGUCUUCAGUUGGAGAGAAGAAAGCCAAUGGGAGGCCUCAGGGUACUGUGGGUACGAGUAUUGCUGAAUAAUCACUGGCUGAUAGCGACAUGACAGAGUAGAAGAUCAGCCUUACGUUUGAUAUCAGUGAAGCCAAACUGCAGGAAACAAUUGACAACACUGUUAAGCCUAUGGUUGGCUCAAUACAAGAGGACUGGCAAGAACGUAUUUUUAAUCAACGACACAAAAUUGUGAUCACCCCAAUGUCACCGAAUGGCCACAGCUUGUAAAAGGGAGUUACAGUGGAGGUAAAAGGAGUGGCUUGCAGAAUGGAGAAGUUGCUCCGAGGGUUUUUGGAAGUGAGCCACCAUUUGAAAUUGCUAGUUCAUGCUGCAGUAUUCAGAUUAGUGGCUGGACCGAAAUUGUUAUUUAGGAGACACUAACCAGAUCAAUGAGAAUGAAAGAUCACCAGGAGAACCUCACUCUGAAAACAUUGAAACUAGCCGAAUGAAGCGAGCAGCUGCAAAGCAUCUAAUAGAACGCUAUUACCAUCAGUUAACUGAGGGUUGUGGAAAUGAAGCCUGCACGAAUGAAUUUUGUGCUUCCUGUCCAACUUUUCUGCGUAUGGAUAACAAUGCAGCAGCCAUUAAAGCCCUCGACCUUUAUAAGAUUAAUGCAAAACUCUGUGAUCCUCAUCCCUCCAAGAAAGGAACAAGCUCGGCUUACUUAGAAAAUAAUUCCAAAGGUGCCCACAACAACGCCUGCACUGACAGAAAAAUGAACAAGAAGGAAAUGCAAGGUCCAAGAGAUGACUUUAAAGAUGUGACUUUUUUAACAGAAGAAAAAGUAUAUGAAAUUCUUGAACUAUGUAGAGAAAAAGAAGACUAUUCUCCCUUAAUCCGUGUCGUUGGGAGAGUAUUUUCUAGUGCUGAGGCUUUGGUACAGAGUUUUCGAAAAGCCAAGCAGCAUACUAAGGAAGAAUUGAAGUCUUUACAAGGAAAAGAUGAAGAUAAAGAUGAAGAUGAAAAAGAAAAGGCUGCAUGUUCUUCUGCCAUGGAAGAAGAUUUAGUUGCACCAUCCUCAUCAUCAUCCUCGUCAUCAAGAAUGGGUGACAGUGCACAGGGGGAUAACAACCUGCAAAAAUUAGGCCCAGAUGAAGUAUCUGUAGAUAUCGAUGCAAUCAGACGGGUCUACAAUAGAUUACUUUCUAAUGAAAAGAUAGAAACUGCCUUUUUAAAUGCACUUGUGUACUUGUCACCCAAUGUUGAAUGUGACUUGACUUAUCAUAAUGUGUACUCUCGAGAUCCUAACUAUCUCAACUUGUUUAUUAUUGUUAUGGAAAAUGGUAAUCUUCAUAGUCCUGAGUACCUGGAAAUGGCACUACCGUUGUUUUGCAAAGCAAUGAGUAAGCUCCCCCUUGCAGCUCAAGCAAAAUUGGUCAGACUGUGGUCAAAGUACAGCGCAGACCAGAUUCGACGAAUGAUGGAAACUUUUCAGCAGCUUAUAACCUACAAAGUCAUAAGCAAUGAAUUCAAUAGUCGUAACUUAGUAAAUGAUGAUGAUGCUAUUGUUGCUGCUUCAAAGUGCUUAAAAAUGGUUUACUAUGCAAAUGUAGUAGGAGGAGAUAUAGACACAGAUCACAAUGAAGAGGAGGAUGAAGAGCCUAUCCCAGAAUCUAGUGAAUUAACUCUACAAGAACUCCUGGGUGAAGAAAGAAGAAAUAAAAAAGGACCUCGGGUAGACCCUCUGGAAACUGAACUUGGCGUAAAAACUAUAGAUUGCCGAAAGCCACUUAUCCUCUUCGAAGAGUUUAUCAAUGAACCACUGAAUGAUGUUCUAGAAAUGGACAAAGAUUAUACAUUUUUCAAGGUAGAAACAGAAAAUAAAUUCUCCUUUAUGACAUGCCCCUUUAUACUGAAUGCCGUUACCAAGAACCUGGGAUUGUAUUAUGACAACAGAAUCCGUAUGUACAGUGAACGUCGUAUAACUGUCCUUUACAGUUUAGUUCAAGGCCAGCAGUUAAACCCAUAUUUGCGACUCAAAGUCAGACGUGAUCACAUCAUAGAUGAUGCGCUUGUUCGGUUAGAAAUGAUUGCAAUGGAAAAUCCAGCUGAUUUGAAAAAACAGUUGUAUGUAGAAUUUGAAGGAGAACAAGGGGUUGAUGAAGGAGGAGUUUCCAAAGAAUUUUUUCAACUAGUUGUAGAAGAAAUCUUCAACCCCGAUAUUGGAAUGUUCACUUACGAUGAAUCCACAAAAUUGUUUUGGUUUAACCCAUCCUCUUUUGAAACUGAGGGACAGUUUACACUGAUUGGGAUUGUAUUGGGCCUGGCUAUUUACAAUAAUUGUAUUCUGGAUGUCCAUUUUCCAAUGGUUGUCUACAGGAAAUUAAUGGGCAAAAAAGGAACUUUCCGUGAUCUGGCAGACUCUCAUCCUGUUCUCUACCAGAGCUUAAGAGACUUGUUGCAGUAUGAGGGAAGUGUGGAAGACGAUAUGAUGAUAACCUUCCAGAUAUCUCAUACAGAUCUCUUUGGUAAUCCAAUGAUGCAUGAUUUAAAGGAAAAUGGAGAUAAAAUCCCUAUUACAAAUGAAAACAGAAAGGAAUUUGUUAAUCUGUAUUCUGACUACAUUCUGAACAAAUCAGUGGAAAAACAAUUUAAGGCCUUUCGAAGAGGAUUCCACAUGGUAACCAACGAAUCUCCCCUAAAAUAUUUAUUUAGACCUGAGGAGAUUGAAUUGCUUAUUUGCGGAAGUAGGAAUCUUGACUUCCAAGCCCUAGAAGAAACCACAGAAUAUGAUGGUGGCUACACCAGAGAUUCUCUUAUAAUUAGGGAAUUUUGGGAAAUAGUCCAUUCAUUUACAGAUGAGCAAAAAAGACUCUUCCUCCAGUUUACAACAGGGACAGACAGAGCGCCAGUAGGAGGACUUGGAAAACUAAAGAUGAUUAUAGCCAAAAAUGGCCCUGACACCGAAAGGUUACCUACAUCUCAUACAUGCUUUAAUGUCCUCUUGCUUCCGGAAUAUUCCAGCAAAGAGAAACUUAAGGAGAGAUUGUUGAAGGCCAUCACAUAUGCCAAAGGAUUUGGCAUGCUGUAACGAAUUAAAUAAAAGGGAUAAAACGA